AAAUAAACUAACAACACUUUAAAAGUUUUCUCUAAAGCUCAUGAGGGCAGACUUUUAUUCUGAAGGCUGAUGUAACCUUUCACAUCUGAAACGAGCUUUUAUUCUGAAAGGGCUGGCCGGAAGCUCAGGUUUUCGUCACUCAGGAGCUCCAGUUGUUAUUGAAGUAAGAUUUCGUUUUUCUUUCUGAGAUUUGUUGACUCGCUCCGUGGGAACACGUGACCUCCGUGGGUCGUUCCCAGUUUGAGUAGAUAUUUGACUCUCGGUUCCUUUUUAACUGGGAACCGGUUCUCCAGUCAACAUGAGGGUAAAACAUGAGGGUUAAAGUCUCUGCGAACUCUCGGACCGUUUUAAGCCCCAGGAUGUGAAAUCAGCUGCCGGCUCUAGUUGUGAACGUCUUCCCGAUGACCGGAUCUUGUCGGAUCCCUGGAGAAUGAACGCAUUUCUUCUCAUCUUCCUGAUUCCUCUGCCCCCUCCAGCUGUCGCUUCCCUUCCGGCUCCAGUGAACGUCACAGUGGAGUCUCUGAACUUCCAGCACGUCCUGCGCUGGGAUCCGGGCCCCGGCAGCCCGACCGGGACGCAGUUCUGGAUCUAUCGGAGGGGCAAACUGCCGAAGCAGCUCUCUAAAAAACCAGUAACAUCAACGUCCUUCAAGCUGGAGCUGAAACCCGACCGGACGCACCAACUGUUUGUUCAGGCGUCCUACAACAACACAAACUCUUCUCAAAGUCAAACAGUCACCUUUAGCCCCUUAGAGGAGACUGUGAUUGGUCCUCCGCUGCUCUCGGUGGCCGGAUGUGGAACCUGCAUCCAGGGGAACAUUUCAAUGCCAAUAGAUUCAUACACAAAGAAACAUGGGAUUCACUAUGAUUUCAGCUUCAUAGUGCACUUGAAGAAAAGAAAUGACAUAAAAUUUCAGGAGCAGACAGUUGAAAGGAGCUUCAACCUCAGCCACCUGGAGAAAAAUGUGGAAUACUGCAUACAGGUGCAUCCCAAGUGCCGAACGAACCAAAACACGCGGCCGACCGGGUGGAAAUGCACCUUUACCAGCAUUCCAGAACCAGAUUACAGACUGUUGGUUUUAGUCGGCAUCACAGCUGUUUUGAUUAUUUCCCUGAUUGGCCUGAUGACGGGAAUGUUCUGCCUCUACUACACCGGAUUCCUGUGCAAACUGAAGGAAAUGCCUGCAGCCCUCAUGGUCGUUUUGAGGCGAAGCCACGUCCUAACCCUGAGCACCACGGACAUCGACCGGGUCACCAUCAUCCCCAAAACGGUAAAAACCAGAAACCGCCCGGCGGCGUCUCCGUCUCCCGCCGGGGACACCAGCUCAGAGGACGAAGACGGCGAUGAGGAGGCCGCAGUGAAGCUGUACAUGGACAGAAACGCAGAACUUUCUACAGGCGGCGGUUCUGCUGACAGCAGUGGGAACAUCGACGUGAUGAAGGGUGACUUCCAGUCUGACUGCUUUGGUCUCAACCAGUAUGAGACCAAAGCAGAAGCUGUUUUUAUUCAUGACAAAGAUCAAUCUGGACAGAAGGACUCCAUAACUCUGCAGGAGGAAAUCAAAAUGGAGACUCUGGAGUUCUCCGAAGACGUCAACCUGUUCUCCGUCACCUUCGCCUCGAUGGCUGCUUGUGAGGAAGACGAGGUAGAGGAGGAUCAGGACUCUGUAAGCUCUUCCAUGGGCUUUCUGAGGACUUACACCCUGAAACCUCUGAGCCAGAUGGACUCUGAAAGUGAACAGAACGAUGAGAUGCGUCUGUCAGAGUCGGGACAAGAUGGCAGCUGCACAGAGUGCUGGAUGGGCGAAGAGGAAGAGGAGGAGGAGGAAGAGUUCUCUGGAUAUCUGACAAAUAAAUGACACGUUUUCUGAAACUGGAGGACUGUAGGUUAAAACAACAGGUCCAUUUCUGAUCCUACGACUCGGUGUGAACCGGCAGAUGAAAUAAUCACCCACACUGCAAAAACACAAAAUAUUAACAAGUAUUUUUAUUUAGUUUCCAGUGCAAAUAUCUUGAUGAAACAAGACGACAUUCACUCUUCAGCGAUAGCGGCUUGUUUUAGGUCAAUAAUUCAUUAAUAAAGAUGAACAAGCACUGGUUUCACUGGCAGAAUAUUUCACUGGUUUCACAAUCCACUGCACCGUUACCUGCCAAGUAACGGUGCAGGUAAUGGUGCGACCGUUACCUGCCAAGUCCAGCUUGUCGCCGAUUAACCCAGUUCUAUUUCUACCUGCAGAUUAUUUCACUUGUAACAAGAAGUUUAUCCCUUGUUAUAAGUGAAAUAAUCUGCCAAUUGAACUGAUACUUUUUAUCAAUAUGAGGGAAUCAUUAUUAUGAAACAUGCUGUUGAGUUAGUUUUGUCUUAUUUUAAGUGUACCAAGAUGUUUCCACUAUAAACCAGACAUAAAUACCUGGUGAGAGUUUGUGUUUUUGCAGUGUGGAUGAUUAUUACAUUUGUCGGUCGUCAUCCAGAAUUGUAGAAUCAGAAAUGGACCUUUUGUUCUUCUUCAGCAG